AUGGGGAAUUGCACCAUCUAAAGCAACGAAAUGUAGGAUGAAUCAAGUAUCCUGUAUAGUUAUCUUAGAUCUUUCAUCUAAAAAUUUUGAAUUUUUAGAACUUUUAGGUUAAGGAAGCUUCGGAAAAGUUUGGAAGGCUUAAAGAAAAAAGAACAAAGAACUUUAUGCCAUAAAAAUUAUGGAGAAGGAACUGUAAGUGAAAUUUAAUAACAUAGAAUAUUAAAGAAAAACAAUACUCGUGUCGUUAUGAAUGAAAAAAACAUACUUAGUUAGAUCCGACAUCCAUUUUUAGUAAAUUUGAUCGCAGCCUUCCAAGAUAAGAAGAGACUGUAUCUGGCUCUAGAUCUAUUAUCAGAGGGGGACUUAAGAUCACACUUAAACUAUAAUAAAGUGUUCUCUGAAGAACAGACAAGUAAAUUUUUUAAUCUAACAAAGAAUUUUUUGUCGCUUGUAUAAUAGUAGCCCUAGAAUAUCUUCAUUCAUAGGGAAUUAUUCAUAGAGAUCUUAAACCAGAAAAUUUGGUUAUGGAUCGAAAAGGAUAUCUCAGAUUAACCGAUUUUGGUUUGGCUGCGUUUUGGAAACCAAAUAAUUGUUAGGAUAUGAGUGGAACUUUAGGUUAUGUUGCCCCAGAAAUAAUACUCAAACAAAACUAUGGAAUAGCUGCUGAUUACUUUGCUUUAGGUGUCAUAACUCAUGAAUGCAUGUUUGGUAAAAGACCAUGCACAGAAACAGAUCUAAAUUAAAUGAGGGAUCAAAUGUUGACUAAGUAAGUGAAAAUAAAACGAUCGUAAUUGCCAGUUGACUGGAGCAUAGAGGCUGGGGAUUUCAUAAAUUAGGUAACAUUUAAAUUUAAGAUUUAGUUAUUAUAAAGAAAACCAGAAAAUAGGCUUGGCGCUUUGUCACCAGAUGAAGUUAAGAAUCAUUAAUGGCUGAGGAAUUUUGACUGGAAUAAGUUACAAUCAAAGGAAAUGGUGUCACCUUAUUAACCAAAAAAAAAAUUUAUUCCUCGGACCAAUAAUUAGCAAGAAAGCACUAAAUAAAUAAGCAGUAAAAUUAUCAAUGAUUUGUAAUUGUAAAGUAUUUUUUUAUUUUAAACGAUUAGCUUAAUUCAAAGGCUACUUUUUUGAGGCUGAAUAGAUAAAUAAAAAUUUAUGA